AUGUGGCUUUUUGCAACUUUGUCGACUUUGCUGUACGCCUUCACGCCUGGAACAGGAGUGGCGGCGAUCGCUCAAUCGCCACCAAUUUUCCCAUCGCCGCUAGGUCAAGGAAAGGGCAUAUGGAAGAACGCAUAUGAGCGUGCAUCCAAUUUAGUUAGCCAGCUGACCCUUGAAGAGAAGGUCAACAUCACACGUGGCUAUGCGGGUGAUAAUACUUGUGCGGGUAACACCGGAUCCAUUCCUCGUCUUGGGUGGCCAGGCUUUUGCCUCCACGAUGCUGGGAAUGGUAUUCGAGCGACAGACCUAGUCAACUCGUACCCGUCGGCCAUACAUGUAGGCGCAAGCUGGGACAGAAACUUGACCUACCAACGCGGCUAUUACAUGGGGAAAGAAUUCAAAAGUAAAGGAGUCAACGUUCUGCUAGGGCCCAAUGCCGGUCCUCUGGGUCGUACUCCACUAGGCGGGCGGAACUGGGAGGGCUUCUCGGUCGACCCAUAUUUGGCCGGACAGCUAAAUGCUGAGACCAUCAUUGGGCAUCAGGAAGCUGGUGUGAUCGCUAAUUUAAAGCAUUUCAUCGGAAACGAGCAAGAGACUUUCAGAAGGCCAUACUUUGGCGUGGAGGCGGCAUCAUCUAAUAUUGAUGAUAAAACUCUACACGAAUUCUAUCUUUGGCCAUUUGUCGAUGGGGUCAAAGCGGGAGCGGCAUCCAUUAUGUGCUCAUACAACAGGAUUAACAACACAUACGGUUCUUGGUAUCUUGUUGGUCAAGACAACGACUUCCCAAUUCCUGGCAUUGGCAUGAAAAAUCUGACUGAGCCGCACGAUCAAAUCGACGCCCGUGAUCCUAAGGCGAGGCCAACAAUACUCAGUGGAGCUCUUGCGGGCCACGUGUUAGUGAAGAACGAAAAUAAUUCACUACCUUUCAGCGGGGCCCCGAAGAUCAUGUCUAUAUUUGGAUAUGAUGCAACAGUACCUUCGACGAAGAAUACCGACAAACUUUUUGAGCUUGGAUACUACUCCUCCCCAGAGAUGGCUCAGGCUGUACUGGGAACAGAGAGGCAUUUUGACCAGGCAGCCAAGGGGGGAACCAUUGUCAGUGGGGGGCGUGCUGCAGCCAAUGCGCCUUCAUACCUACUCGAUCCUUUGAGUUCGCUACAACAUAAAGCCGCAAUAGAUGGCACUUGGGUCAAUUGGGACCUGGUGUCUGGAGAUCCCGAUGUCAAUGCUGCUAGUGACGUUUGCCUGGUUUUCAUCAACGCCAUGGCAACCGAAGGAUGGGAUCGAGAUGGCUUGCACGACGAUUUCAGUGAUGGCCUCGUCUUGAAUGUAGCUAAUAAGUGCGCCAACACAAUUGUGGUCGUUCAUACAGCCGGCAUUCGCCUGGUCGAUCAGUGGAUCGAUCACCCAAAUGUUACGGCUACAGUCAUCGCCCAUCUUCCGGGUCAAGACAGUGGAUCAGCCCUUGUCAAGCUCUUGUAUGGCGAGGCUUCAUUCUCUGGGAAGCUCCCGUAUACUUUGGCGCGGAACGAAAGCGAUUAUUCAGUGUACGCACCGUGUGGGAGGCAGGUCAACACCACCAGUCCCCAGUGUGAUUUCACUGAAGGCGUGUUCGUCGACUAUCGCGCCUUCGACGAAAGAGGCAUCGAGCCAAGAUUUGAAUUUGGCUUUGGCUUGACAUACACAGAAUUCACCUACUCUUCCCUACUGGUCAAGACGCAGAAUGUCUUGAUAGGCGCCGCAUCAAAUAGCAAUGCCUUGUGGGAGGUGAUACUGAAUGUUGAGGCAUCAUUCAACAACACUGGCAGUCAUGCUGGCGAGGAAGUUGUGCAGUUAUACGUCGCAAUCCCCAACAGCCCCCCGAAACAGCUUCGAGGCUUUGAUAAGGUGCCAUUGGAGAUAGGAGACAGCACUACCGUUCAAUUUGAGCUUACACGAAGAGACCUCAGCAUUUGGGACGUUGUGGCUCAAGCUUGGACGCUUCAAGGUGGCAAUUAUACCAUUUUUGUAGGAGCAAGCAGCCGAAAUCUGCCUCUUCAAUCCUCCUUCACAUUGUGA